UUUAAAUUUUGUUUCCAAUUAUUAAUUUUAAUUUGUUACUUUGUCUCGACUAAUGAGCCAAUUGUUAAUUAACAACAAUUAACCAAUCAAUUAGUUGUUCCAAUUGUGUGUUUCCUUUUCCUUACUUUGGUGUAUCUUUGUUAUAAUAUUUUCCCAGUGUUUCCAAUUCAUAGAUGGAUAUUCAUGGUUUCAUAAUUUAAUUUUUUUCUUUCAUUGUAAUUGGCUGUUGGUUCUUGAUUAUUGAAAAUUUGUGGUUAAUUGUUGAUUGAUUGGUUGGAAUUAAAGUGCUAAUUGGACACAAUUUAGUCGAUAAAUGGUCAUGUAAACAUUAAGACAAAAGGAUGCGGUUUGUCAUGUUAAUUUAAUCAAAGAUCUUGGACUUGAUAAGUGAUAUUGAUUUAGGUAAAUAUUUAAAUCAAUCGGAUUUAAUUGUUUAAUUUAAUUUGUUAUCAUCAUUAUUCACAUGGUGAUAAUUUAAUUAUGGAACUUCAAGAUAUCUUUUACAAUUCCUCUGAUUAUAUUGAAACCGCUUCCGGUAAUAAGGUUUGUCGUAAAUCGGUUCUGUGUGGAUCACAAAAUAUUAUGUUACAUGGAAAGACAAUUAUUCAAUCUGAUUGUAUAAUCAGAGGUGACCUGGCGAAUGUAAAAAUUGGCCGACACUGUGUUGUCAGUAGUCGAGCAGUUAUUAGGCCUCCAUUUAAAAAAUUUCUCAAAGGAGUUGCCUUUCUGCCCUUGACCAUUGGAGAUAACGUUUUUAUCGGAGAAGGUACCAUUGUAAAUGCCGCACAAAUUGGAUCCUAUGUUUAUAUUGGAAAAAAUUGUGUCAUCGGUCGCCAUUGUGUCCUUAAAGAUUGUUGUGCUUUAGCUGAUAAUACUUUCCUACCCCAAGGAACCGUUGUUCCUGCUUUCUCAAUUUUCUCAGGAAACCCAGGUAGAUUUAUCGGAGAACUACCUGAAUGUACUCAAACAGUGAUGAUGGAACAUACAAAAAGUUAUUAUCAACAUUUCAAGCCAAAAUCAUGAGAAACAAAACAAACCAAUACAUUUACAUUUACAUAUUCUAAUAUGUACAAAUGGGUUUAAUAAACAACCUUUUGAAGUGUUUAACAUUUA